AUGGCUACCACACUCCCACAACCCCAGAUUGCACUUGAUCCCAAACAGAUUGUAAUCUGUGAAAAGUUCUUUUCAGACAAUCCAACCUUCCCAAAGAACCAUAGGUACUUGGCUCAAGUCCUUACAUUGACCUUGAUUAUUCCGGGUCACGUCAACUUCUUCGAUGUUGAUAAGCUCAUCGUGUUUGUUGGCAUGGUCUUCCUCCCUUACUUGCAGGUGGAGCGAAACAAUAACCCGUUGUCGCCCUUGGAACUUUGGAACCGCAGUGGGUAUACAGAUGGUAUCGUAUUUGAAAGCAUUUCAAAUGGUAGGCGCCUGCUCAAUUACCACGGCGACUCUAGAUUUGAUAUUGAUUUCAAAGUCCAUUUAAUAAAAAACUGCAAGUUCGUUGUCGAACUCUUCACAAAAAAACCAAGCCAUUACGAUGCCAAUCCGAAUCCAGUUCAAGUUCCAAAUCUUGAACUUCAGCUUGUCCUAAUCGACCGGGUGCUCGAAAGCAAGGCGAAGGAGGUCCAAAACAAGAAACGCAAGUCGACAGUUUCUGCGGAGAUAGACCCAGACGUAGACUCAGACUAG